AUUUCGACAAAGUGGUAGUGAACUUGAGUAAAGACAUCAUGUAACAUUUUCGUCGCGCGGAGGACAUUUUACAGAAGCCACGAAGCCAUUCCGAUCACGUGACCAAGUCCUGACAUUUCAACGCAGUACACUGCAUGUCGGGUCACAUCAGCGCACGCCCACCAAACUCAUCGGAUCAAUCGUGCACAACCGGCGAUGUAAAGCAAAAUAAGUUCUUACCACAGACAAUGGCAUAAAAGGAUUGAAACUUUUCUUCAUUCAUUCAUUCAACAAAAAAUAGCAACGUAAUGCAGUGAAUAAAAACAAACGCUUCCUUUUUAUUGAUAUUGCCCGACGGAUUUGCCUGGUCAGUCCUCUAAAUAAUAUUACUUGUAUCGCAACAGUACAGUGCAGCAAUAACACUGCAUGUCUAACAUUUCUUCGGAAUCAAAUACUUCGACGGAGUGGUACGACGAAGAAGAACGUGACGAUAGAAUGGCGGAACAGGUAAAGCGUCUCAAUAUAGCACGUGGCCAGUGCAAGGCCACCAUAACAAGAGCUGAAAAAUUCUUCACGGACACCCCGUUAGAGUCAAUAACGACAGAGGACUUGCAGAUCAGGCAAAAAUCAAUUUGCGCGGCAUAUGAAAAAUACCAAUCGCUUUCCAUUGACAUGCAACUUCUUGAUGUAGAAGUCGAUGCAGAUGAUGAAGAGAUGGAAUCACGCUACACUAAAUUAGAAGUUACCAUACAACGUCUGCUAUCCAACUCUGUGACCAAAUGUGGCCAGGCGAAAACUCCUGAGGCUAACCAUUCUGCGGCUCAUCUAACGUCAUUGGAGAUACCAGUUUUUGAUGGAAGGGACAUCUCUCUUUAUAAACCAUUCAUGGAAAUGUUUGAGGCCGUUGUACAUCAUGAUAACCGGCUGUCAGAUGUCCAGAAAUUAUGUUUCCUCAAGAAAUAUGUACGGGGCGAGCCUCUACAAUUGAUAGAUAGUUUACCGAUCGUUGGAGUCUCCUACACUGAUGCUGUAAGUUUGUUGAAGAAACGGUAUGACAAUGAAGCUUUGCUGAUACAUAACCAUGUCUGCAACUUACUCGAUCUGCCUGCUGUGCAGAGAGGAACAGCUCAACAGCUAAGGGAACUCACCGCUAAAGUUAAAAGCUGAAGGAGCUAAGCAGCUCAUGGGCUCUCUGCCCAAGGACAGAGUAAAUCCUGCCAGGGUCUUUGAGAAGGUGGGCCUGGACUAUUGCGGCCCAUUUGAAGUGAAGCAAUCAACAGUAAGGCGAAGCAUAGUGUCUAAAGGCUAUGUUCUUGUGAUUGUUUGUUUCACAACAAAGGCUGUACACUUAGAAGUUGUGUCAGACAUGACCACUGAGGCCUUUCUCGCAGCCCUUAAGCGCUUCAUAGCUCGCAGAGGCUUACCUUCAGAUAUCUAUUCAGAUAAUGCAAAAACAUUCAAAGGUGCUCAUAAUAAGCUUAAUGACCUUUAUAAACUUGCAAAUAGUAGUGAUUUUCAAAAUUCAGUAAGUAACUUCACUGCCAAUAAAGGCAUUCAAUUCCAUUUCAUACCUGACUACAGUCCCAACCAUGGUGGCUUGUGGGAAGCUGCGGUAAAGUCAGCAAAAUAUCAUAUGAAGCGUAUUGUUGGAUUAAAAACUUAUACUUACGAGCAGCUUUCCACCAUAUUUACAGAGAUUGAGGCCGUUCUCAAUUCUCGGCCCAUCACCCCCAUGUCUCAGGAUCCUUCAGAUUUUUCCUGCCUAACACCAGGCCAUUUUAUAAUAGGUUGUCCUCUUACAUCGUACCCAUGUCCAGAUCUCACUGAGAUCCCUAUUAACAGACUUAAGUUUUGGCGGUCCUGUGAGCAAGCUCGACAGCAUUUUUGGCGGGCCUGGUCGCAUGACUACUUGUCAAGUCUUCAUCAGAGGCACAAAUGGCAAUAUGAGGUAAAUAACAUUAAAGAAAACAUGGUAGUUUUGCUAAAACACCCAUCCACCCCGCCUCUUCAAUGGCCUCUUGGCAGGAUUUCUAAGGUUUAUAUUGGUGAUGACAACAAAGUACGUACAGUACAAAUUGUAACUGCUGAUCAUAAAUAUCACACUAGGGCUGUGUCAAAGAUUGUUAUUCUGCCUACAGAAAACUAACAUUAUGUACUUAAACUAGUACGCUAAUUAAUUUUAAGUUUAGUUUAAGUUUGCUCGUAGGACUUCAUUUAUGAUGUGUAGUUUCAAGCUUGCUUGACUACGAUGCCAAGAGUAUUAUGUACCUAUGUUAUUUAGUGGUUUCACUACCCACCUGGUGUUCAUACAUCUUCUCUUAACUU